AUGACAUCUCAUCCAGAGUUCAAUGCCAAAACUACAGGCACAACGGUUGCAGCGGCGUUCGGCAAGGAGAUCAAGGGCAAGAAUGUUGUAAUCACUGGUGUUAGCCCUUCUGGCAUAGGUGCACCCACGGCUCUGGCAUUCGCUUCACAGACGCCCGCCACGUUAAUCCUCGCCUCACGAACACAGACGAAACUCGAUGCGGUGGCUGCUGAUAUCAAGGCCAAGUACCCACAUGUCUUGGUCAAACUUGUCGAGCUGGACCUUUCAUCUGUCGAGUCUAUCACGAGUUGCGCUGCAGAAAUCACCUCGACCAUCGACCGACUGGAUAUUCUCAUCAAUAAUGCCGGGAUUACCUUGCAGACCCGUGAUACAGUCUACACUCCUGGGGGGAUAAAAGUUGAUCUUCAGUUUUUUACAAACCACGUCGGUCCAUUUCUCUUGACGGACCUUCUCCUGCCUUUACUCCUCGCAAGUGAAGGAUCUCGGAUCGUCAAUGUUAGUAGUCAUGGGCAUCGUCUCUCGCCAAUACGCUUCAGCGACUAUGCAUUAGAAGGCGAUCUAUAUGAUGGUGUGCCGGAGGAUGAGCGUCCCCCAACUGGCCUGGCCCCUGGCUUCCUCCAAGCGACAGAUGGGUAUCACGGAUUUAUUGGCUACGGCCAAAGCAAGACGGCAAAUAUCCUGCACGCCUCAGAGCUGAAACGACGCUUCCAGAAGAAAGGUGCCAACGUGCUCGCCUUGUCGGUUCACCCAGGGACAAUCGACACGGGGCUAUCUCGCAAUUUGGACGAGCAAGGAAGAAGCACACUAGACGGUACUGCCCCAGCGGGAGUAUGGAAAUCAAUAGACCAGGGAGCUGCGACGACCAUUGUUGCUGCAUUUGAUCCGAAAUUGGCAGAUGGUGGCGAUGCCGUGGAUGAGACAUGCCUGUACCUGGCGGACUGUCAACUCGCGAACGAGAAGCUGGCGCCGCAUGCAAGAGACGCGAAAUGUGCACAGAGACUAUGGGACCAGACAGAGAAGAUGCUGGGCAUUGUAUCCGCGCUUUGA